UGCAGAAUGUGUGGGGGGGGGUCGUGAAAAAAACCUUUUCAAGCAAGGAGUUUAUCUUGAACUUGGCUGAAAAUUCAAGAAAAUACACACUACAAGAAAAUUCCUUAUUUGCAACGGACAAAUUUUGUUGCAAAGUAUUGAUUUCCGUUGCAAAUCUCGAUUUGCAACGAAAAAUGCAAUAAACACAAUCUCAUUGUAAUAAAGGUCCUUGCAAUUUUUUGCAACCAUAUGUGAAUCUGUUGCAAUGUUUUGCAAUGGCAUUUGCAACAUAUUAGUUUUCAUUGCAAUAUUUGCAACCGAAUUAAUUUUCUUGUAUUUUGCGUAGCAAAAAUUGCAAUGUAAGUGUUUCAAUUGCAACAAAUGCAAUGGAACAUGAGUUGCAAAUUUCAUUUCAUUUUUGCAACAGAGUUAAACAUCAUUGCGAGUCCCGUUGUAAUAAUGCAAAAGAAUCAACCACGGUUAAGUUUGAAUUUUAUUGCAAUUAUCAUUGCAAUUUACACGACAUAAAUUGCAACAGAAAUUAUAAAUCAUUGCAAAUAAUGUUGCAAUUUUGCAACUAAAUGAAAGUGUGAUUGCUUUAAAAUUUCAUUGCCACUAUCAUUGCAAAAUUGCAACUGCGUAUAAUCUAUUGCGCAAAUUUAUUGCACUAAUGCAUCGCCAGAAAAUAUAUAUUUAAUUUAUUUUCAUUGCAUACUCAAUAGAUAUCAUGUUCAACAUACCAAAACCUGAACUAUUAAAGAAUAAGAUCCAAGGUUGCUGAAGAGUCAGAGUUACCCCUCAUGUCAGAUUUUGAACCAGAAGGUCCGGGUAUGGCCGCUACUGUUAAUCCUGCUUCAACUUCACCCAAUGCUCAGUUCCCUUUGGGCACAAGUGCUACUCCCAUAUCAGAAACUGCUUCAUCUUUAGCUUCUCUUCGCAUGUUGGGGGUGUACUUGAAUACCUAUGCACUUGAGCAAAUGGUGCAAGCAGCAAGCUCGUCAGCGGGACUUCAGACUAUAAAGUGUGUUGAGCAAACUUUACAAGACCUAGGGGUGAAUUUGAAGCCUAAAGUUCCAACUAAACUAGUAUGUGCGGAGCAUCUUGAACUUAGAAAAGAAAUAUUGACCCUAUUGAAUCUUCAAAAACAGUUGCAAUAUAAGGAGUCUGAAGGUUCAUCCUAUCGUGAUGGUUCAUAUUCUGAAACACCCAGUACACCAACUAAGCGAGCAC